AUGGAUCCUUCACAGAAGAAUCUCUACAAAAAUGUGAUGAUGGAGACCUAUAUGAACCUCACAGCUAUAGGCUACAAUUGGCAACGUUUUGAAGUUGAAAAACAUUGUCAAAGUUCUCAAAAUUAUGCAAGGCAUGAAAAAACACAUCCUGGAGAGAAAUCCUAUGAAUAUACUCAAUAUGGUAAAACCUUUGCACAACACUGUCAUCUUCAAAGGCAUGAAACUACACAUACCGUUAAAAGACUAUAUGAAUGUAGUCAAUGUGGCAAAGCCUUUGCUCAUUGGAAAGUUCUUCAGUUGCAUAGAAGAACACACCUUGGAGAGAAACCCUAUGAAUGUAAACAAUGUGGUAAAGCCUUCACACAGUCCAGUCAUCUUGAAGUACAUAAAAGAACACAUAAUGGAGAGAAACCUUAUGAAUGUAAUCAGUGUGGAAAAGCCUUUGCUCAAAACAGUGCUCUUCAAAGGCAUGAAAGAACACAUACUGGAGAGAAACCCCAUGUAUGUAAUCAGUGUGGUAAAGCCUUUGCUCAACACAGUGCUCUUCAAAGGCAUGAAAGAACACAUACUGGAGAGAAACCCUAUGAAUGUAAUCAGUGUAGUAAAGCUUUUUCUCGUCAUAGUAAUCUUCAAUUGCAUGAAAGAACACAUACAGGAGAGAAACCCUAUGAAUGUAAUCAGUGUGGUAAAGCCUUUGCUCAACACAGUGCUCUUCAAAGGCAUAAAAGAACACAUACUGGUGAGAAACCCUAUGAAUGCAAUCAGUGUGGUAAAGCCUUUGCUCAUCAUAGUAAUCUUCAAUUGCAUAAAAGAACACAUAUGGGAGAGAAACCCUAUGAAUGUAAUCAGUGUGGUAAAGCCUUUGCAGAGCCCAGUCAUCUUCAAGUACAUAAAAGAACACAUACUGGAGAGAAACCCUAUGGAUGUUAUCAGUGUGGUAAAGCCUUUGCUCAACACAGUGCUCUUCAAUUGCAUGAAAGAACACAUACUGGUGAGAAACCUUAUGAAUGUAAUCAGUGUGGUAAAGCCUUUCCUGGACACAGUGCUCUUAAAUUGUAUGAAAGAAUACAUACAGGAGAGAAACCCUAUGAAUGUAAACAAUGUGGUAAAGCCUUUGUACAGCCCAGUCAUCUUCAAGUACAUAAGAGAACACAUACAAGAGAGAAACCCUAUGAAUGUAAUCAGUGUGGUAAAGCCUUUGCUAAAAACAGUGCUCUUCAAAGGCAUGAAAGAACACAUACUGGAGAGAAGCCCUAUGAAUGUAAUCAAUGUGGUUAA